CAACUCUUCCGCAGAGCACACGCAGAGCAUGGAGUCUCAAUGCUGGAGACUGCUGCAUUGCUGAGACCGAUGAUGUAGACUCUACAUUGUAGAGGACAAAAAGUCAAACCGAGGCAAAUCGCUACUCUUGUCGAUCAUAUCGUUGAUCGCACACUUUGGGCCAGUUCGGGUGCGUAGCCGGUGCGCCACAGAUACAAACUUGAAGACAGUUGCGAGAAACCAGGGAUCGAGAACGUCACCUACGUAAGUAGCGCGUGCAGCCCUAGCCAGCAAUUGGGGCCUGAGUUCUGUCUAACAACUCGAAAGGCCGGAAAACGCGCAGGUCGGAAUCAACCUCGACGUCGCGAUCGAACGCGCCUGCAACGCGGCAACAAGCAGCUCCAGCGCAUUGGCGCACUCUCUCUGGGAGGGUGGAAGAAGACAUCUAAUCGGUAGAUACACUUGCAUUUGAUAAGAGAAACCGUCGCAUGCGUCGCGGCUAACAAACAACCUCGCUUCUCUCGCUGCAUUUCAGAGUCGAAAAGAUUGGCACUGGCAUCGGUUGAAGAUGUUCAAGUCGCUCUUCCGCUGCAUCCGCAGGUUCUUCAGCCGCAUUAAGCCCAAGGGCAAGGAGCAGCUACAGCGUAGGACCGAGUAUGGCGCCGACAUCGACAUCGAGGAGGCACUAGCUGAGCAGCUGGAGAUCCAGAGGCGAAGCGGUCGCGUGCUGUCCUCUACUGCCAGUAUCGCCGCUGCAUUGCGCCAACGUCCACGUGAGGAUAUUCCAGCCUUCGCUACGCACUUGAGUAACGAUGAGCACCGCGAACCUUCAGACCCGGCCAUUAAGGCUGCUGUGCAGGAGAUGCAGAGCCUCACCCCAGGAUACAUCGGACAGACGGGUGAGAAGCCUGAGUCGUUAGUGGACGCCAAGUCUCCGGUUGUAAGCAAGCGAGUACCGUCUAGCAGAGUACCGUCCAGCGCAAACUCCUCGUUUAAGAUCCCCGAGUCCGUCCCCGAAGAUGGCGAGCCGGAGCAGGAGACAGAGACGAAAGACAAGGAGAAGUCUCCAGCAGCUGAACGACCUUCAGAGAUGAAUCCACGUCGGUCGUCGAUCUUCGACAUGCGGUCAGAGUGGAUUUAAACCAGCAGCCAAGGCGAGUUGUGAGAGAUCGCGACACGCACACAUUAGAGCGGGUGAAGGAACGCGUCGACGGGCCGACGUACAAGACACAAUGCCCGAUCAUAUUUGUAUAUAGAGGGGAUGGCAGCACCCAUUGCGAGCGGAAGCAAGUGCGCGGAGACUAGAGCAACACAUAGACGCCUCGAGGCGAGGGCGGACGCCGCGCGGAGAGCAUGGCAUCAUAAUUGUUUUGCAUGCAUCUUCGGUAUUCGUAGAGGAGAAUGGCGAGCCAGGAGGGUGACCGCUGAUAGAUAUGGUAGUCGGCUGGCCCAUACGGGGCAAGGAAGCGACGCCGCAUACACGGAAUUUAGUAGCUGCACGAAUGGAUUAAGUUAGCUUGGGCCCGGACACGCCCCGGAACGAUCUGUCUCCAGCUGGCGACUCGGCGCGGUGACGUCCAAGUCGUCAUUACAGGCCAGCGCGUCCGAGUCGUGACGGAGUUCUUGCUGCAUUAACUAUAGUCAAGAUUUUAAGCGUAGAUAUAUACAAGCGUAAUUUUCCCUUCGUUACGGUCUCUUUCUGAGGUGUCAGAAGUUCAG